AUGGGCAAGGAGAGAGACGGAAGUGCCCUUGAUGAGGAAAGAGGGCAACAAAACUACCAAGGGGAGAAACCCUUUAUCUGUAAAGAGUGUGGAAAAGCCUUUGGUCAGAGGGCAAACCUCAUUGUGCACCAGAGAACCCACUCCAGGGAGAAACCUUUUCUAUGCAAUGAAUGAGGAAAAGUCUUCAGUCAGCAAUCAUACCUCAUACGACAUCAGAAGAUCCACACAGGUGAGAAACCCUAUGAAUGCCAGGAAUGUGGGAAGACCUUCAGCCAGAGCUCAAUUCAUCAGGGUGUUCACACUGGGGAGAAAUCUUUUGAAUGUGGGAAAAACUUUAGUCAGAGUUCAGGCCUCACUGUACAUCAGAGGAUCCACACAGGUGAGAAACCAUUUGAGUGUAAUGACUGUGGCAAAGCCUUCAGUUGUAGCUCAUACCUUAUGCAUCAAAGAAUUCACACUGGGGAGAAACCCUAUCGGUGUAACAAGUGUGGAAAAGCCUUUGGACAGAGCUCCAGGCAACUCACGCCCGGAAGAAACCUCAGCUAG